AUGACGGAUCUCAUCGAUUUGCGAAUGCAUCAGCACAUUGCACACGAAAUCUACCGGCAGCAAAUGUUGCAGCGGAUACCAGAUCCGUUUCCGACGAUGCUGCCGGUUCCGGUUCCGCCGAUGCAUGCGAUGGCCCUGCCACCCCGCUACUCGCUUCCGGGCGUCGAGCUGAAGCUGCAGAACAAGGAGCUGUGGCGCGAUUUCCACAAGAUCGGCACCGAAAUGAUCAUCACUAAAAGUGGAAGACGCAUGUUUCCCUCGAUGCGCCUAACGGUGGACGGCCUGGACGCGGACACAAAUUACUGUGUGCUGCUCGAAAUGAUGCCCAUUAGCGACUGCCGGUUCAAGUUCAGUGGCUCGCAGUGGGUACCGGCGGGCGGUGCCGAGCCGCAGAGUCCGCAGCGCUUCUGCCUGCACCCGGACAGUCCGGCCCUCGGCACGCACUGGGCCUCGCAGCCGAUCGUCUUCAACAAGGUGAAGCUCACCAACAACACGCUCGACAACAACGGCCACGUCGUACUUACCAGCAUGCACAAGUAUCAGCCGCGCAUCCACAUCAUCCGGACGUCGGAUCCGUCGCAGAUUCCUUGGGCCGCUCAGCAGGCGUUCGUGUUCCCGGAAACGGAGUUCGUUGCCGUUACGGCCUACCAGAACGAUCGCAUCACGAAGCUGAAGAUCGAUAACAACCCGUUCGCCAAAGGAUUCCGCGAGACGGGCCAGUCGCGCUGCAAACGCAAGAUGGGCUGUAAUGCAUCAACGUCAUCGUCCUCUUCCUCUUCCUCGUCGUCGGGAGCUGGUGCGGGCGGAGGCGGCGGUGGAGGGGGAGGAUCGGGUGACGGCGGUGUCGAUGGCGGUGGACAGUUGACGGACGACGAGGAUCAGCACGAGCUGAUCGUCAAGCGGCCAAGAUCAAACGGCUCACCAUCGUCCGAUUGUACCGUCCACGAGGGUGGACCUUCGCUGUAUCCGGCCCGUCAGCUUCAUCAGCCCGGCAUGCGACACUUCCCAGCCUCGCCCGAGCUCCUGAUGCGCCACUACAAUCAGAUGUUCAAUCCGGGCUGGAUGGACCUAAUGCUGCCGUACUUCGCCCGCCAUCCUCCGUACCAUCCGGGACAACACGGAGCACAUCAUCCACCCGCACCGCCGCCUCAUCACCAUCACCAUCCGCAUCAACAUCUGCUUCAGCACCACGCGCAACCGCCUGGAGCGUCCCCGUUCUUUGGACACCCCGGACACCUCCUGGCGGCUGGUGGUGGCGGUCCCAUUCCUCCCGUACGCCCUCCGGUAGUGUCACCGGCCCACUCCAAUUCCGAAUCAACCGAUCCCGAUCGAUCGUCUGCGUUCAGCGUGCGAACGCCUCAGACGAGCGGGAGUGACUUUGAUCCGAGCGAGCGGACGCACGUGAACGUGGACAGCCCGGAAGGAUCUCCCAGGUCGACGAUACACAGACCCGCCGCUAUCAGACCUACCGGCUCGAGUCCGGUAUCGCCAAGUUCCCCGAGGGUUCUACAGGCGGAACCGCCGGGCCAAGCGGACCAACCCGGAGAUCCGAGCGGCGAUCCCGACAAGAAGAUCAACUUCAGCAUUGCUUCCAUUCUGCUGCUUUAG